UGAACCUCGGCGAGGUAGGUUCUCCCUGCUCCCGAGGUACCGCGUGACCAUGUUCACCUUUGAUGAUGCGAAGGUCGUUAGAUUGGUUCCGAUCAAUCACCCUUCGCGCAAAGAACUAAACCUCCUUGUCCUGAGGAAGUUUUUUGACUCCUCGGGAAUCACGGGGGUGACAAGGGUCGUCCGCAGUGUCAGCGGCGACCUUACCGUCACCUUCGCGGAGUGGGGAGGGGCCAGGCAACUAAGACAUAUUAAAGAAAUCAAUGGAAUCAAGAUCAAACUUAAAUGGAACUAUAUUGAUAACUCCGUUUUCGGAGUCAUCUCCCACACAGAAAUCGAAUAUCUCGAAGGAGAAGAAAUUUUUGAACUGAUCGAAGAUGAGAUCCUCUUUGUUAGGAAGCUGACCAGCACAACUGCCCUGGUUGGCUUCCCCAAGGAACUUCCUAGCUCCGUUUUACUGGGUUGGGAGAAAAUCCCAGUAAAACCAUACCAGAAAAAACCUACUCGUUGCUACAAUUGCCAGAAGUAUGGCCAUCUGGCGCGGAAGUGUCGUGCUCGGGAGGUGUGUUCAAGCUGCGGGACACCCGGUCA